AUGGCCAUCUUCGACGCGGAAAAGCGGCCUCGCGGACUGCGCAUGCCGUCGUUGUCCGCCAUGAAAUCCGGCAACGCGGCUUCCAAGUCACAAUUCACCCUACAUAGCAUGCACAGCAUGCACAGCAAGAAGUUCUCCGAGCUCUACGAGAACGACUUGCCGGCCAUUCCUCCACCUCACGCCGCAAACAUUCACGAUUCCUCUCCGCCACCACCACGCCCGCCUCCUCCACCCAGCAAGGAACUGCCACCAACGCCAGGGGAGCAGCCACUGCCCGCCGCGCCGCCGUCGCUGCCAGAAAAAUCCAUGAGCCCGCCCGCUCCCCCUUCCAAGACCCCGCCGACAGGUCUGCGAUCUGCUAAUGCGCCCGCUCGCAAAGCGCCGGCUGCGGGUAAUGCGUUCGCAAUUGAACAAGCUGCUGCUGCUCGUCCGCCGCCUUCACGUCCAACGCGAUCUACAGAUCGUCCAGCGCUGGAGACCUCUCCACCGCUCCAGCCACAAUCGGUGACCCUCUCUCCCUCUGCGAGCGAGCAGUCUGUUCAGUCGGUGCGCGCUGCUCCGUUGCCACCUGGGCGAUCUACAGAUCGACUUACACUCGAUUCACCGUCUCAGUCAAAACCACUGCCGCAACCGCAAUCGCAAUCGCAAUCGCAAUCACAGUCGCAAUCGCAAUCCCAGCCACAGCUACAAACACAAGCGCAGCCAAAGGCAAAUCCACUGCCUCAGCCGCAACCCCGAGCGCAAUCUCCACCAAAGCCACUCCCCCAGCCGGAGCCUCAAGCUCAAGCGCAGCCGAAGCCACUCCCCAAGCCGCAACCUCCAACACAGUCGCAGCCCGCGAAACCUGCUCCCGCGGAGCCACUGUGUAGCGGCUCUAUUACAGCACUAGAAGACUUCAAUCUCUCCCCCGAGGCAAUGGGAAUGGGCGACCCAUUUGACAGGACAUCAAGCGACGAACCAGGCCCUGUGCCGGACACGCCGCCCGCAGAAGUGGAGAUUCAGCCAGCACCGUUGAAACCAGUGCAUUUCCUCUGCUUCCAGGAGCACCGCGCCAUGCCCGUGUCCCAGAACGGGUGGCAUCCCGUGCCCUGUAUGGCGUGCCAAAAGCGAGACACAGAGAUCCGGCAUCGCUGUGUCUUCUGCGAUCUGCGUAUCUGCGAAGGUUGUUACAAGAAGCUACAGCAAUGCAAACGGAGGUCGUUGCAGGAGAUGAUGGGUAGCUUGCAUUGA